GACGCCGUGCACUGCCUCCGAAACCGGAGCGCGCCGGAUAUCUUGAAGGCCACCAAGAAUAUCUCUCUGUUUUUCAUGCCAUCCUUCGAGGCGCCCCUAUUUCCUGGCAAGAUGGACUCUCUCGAGCGGCGGUUCGUAGCGGCCCGAGCGCGGGACACACUGAUCUCCAACGUGGCGAUGGAAGGGCAGGCCUUCUUUGAAAUGCUCUUGCCAGACAUAGCAGGUACGCAAAAAAAGAUCACGGCGCAAGUGCUGAAACAAACUUUUCCUUAUUUGUUUGGCGACGCGUCGGACUCUGUGAUGGAGUUGGUCAUUCCUUUAUUGAAGACCGAGUACGACCUUGAAGCCCCCAACCACCGCGGUUGGAUACAGGUUAUCGGUGACACCUUGUUCCGUUGCCCCGUUGCUUCCUUCGGGAAAAGUUUGGCCACCCUGGGAAAGAAUGUGUACUACUUGCAGUACACGCCCAGACCUUCUUUUUCCACGUUUUCCGGAGAAAAUGCGACGCACGGAGACGAUGUGCCAAUGCUGUUUGGGUUCCCGUACACCUACCCGUACUUGGCUACUGACGAAGAAAGGGCGAUGUCCUACCGCAUGAUCACAAUGGUGUCCAGCUUCGCAAAAGACGGGUCUCUCCCAAGCCUGGAGGACGGGAGUCCCUGGCCGCUCUUCUCGAAGGCUUCCAACUACUCGUUCGUCGACCUCGCACACUCCGGGUUCACGCUUGGCGGCACCACUCCCGAGUGUCCCUUGCUAGAGAUCAUGAGGAUGAUCUUGAACCCGGACAAGUCGGACCGGCGAGCUAUCGACAGUGCUUGGACGCCCGAAGUCGUCAGCUUGGCACUGGACAUGCUUGCCGCGAUACCGGCGCGAGCUCUUGAGAUCGCCGCCACCACUCAUGCCCAUGCUUACAAAGGCCAAUGAAUAUGCCAUACGCUCGAACCCUCCAGUGUUCACUGCGCCUUUCGGGGUGUUAAAAAGCUAUCAGCUUGCAACACGUUGUGCGUCGUUGAUGAAUUGCCCAUCUGAGGGGCGUUUGUUUUCAUUACAGUGGUUUCACCAAGAUAAAUUGCAAAGAAUAAGGGCAA